AAUUAUGUUCCCUGUCCAAGAGUGGCCGGAUCGUGCACACCUCCCUUUAACAUCCCUUUUUCUCUCUUUUUCCAAGAGGUAAACAGUUGGAAUCAAUGGAUCAUGUCAACAAGCAAGAUGAUUACUCUCUUAUAAUACCACUACUUGUUACCAAUGGAGACGUGGGAACGAAGGGAAAAGAGGAGCAAUACACCAACAACACAGCGAUAGGAACUGCUUCUUUCAUCAGUACUUGUUUCAAUGCUCUCAACGCUCUCUCAGGAGUCGGAAUACUCUCGAUUCCAUACGCAUUGGCAUCAGGAGGGUGGUUGACCUUAAUUCUCCUUCUCGUAAUUGCCAGCUCAACCUUCUUCACAGGAUUAUUAAUCCAAAGAUGCAUGGAUUCAGAUCCAACAAUAAGAACGUAUCCCGACAUUGGGGAACGAGCAUUCGGGAAAGCAGGGAGAACUCUGAUAUCAAUCUCCAUGAAGAUAGAACUCUACUUAGUCGCAACAGCCAGUGGAGUUCUAGCUUCUGUCAUCAUCCUAUGCUCCGUCUUUUGGGCCGGUGCCUUUGAUGGUAUCGGUUUUCAAGAAAAGGGUAAUAUCGUCAAAUGGAAUGGAGUCCCAUCGGCUAUUAGCUUAUAUGCAUUUUGCUACUGUGCUCAUCCGGUUUUUCCGACCCUAUAUACUUCCAUGAAAAACCAACGCCAAUUCACAAAGGUCUUGUUCUUUUGUUUUGCCUUUUCUACGAUUACUUACUCAUUAAUGGCAGUUAUAGGUUACCUUAUGUUUGGGUCGAAAGUAGAGUCAGAGAUUACGUUAAACCUCCCUACCAACAAGUUAAGCUCAAGGGUGGCAAUAUUCACCACCCUCGUUACUCCCAUAGCUAAAUAUGCUCUAAUGUUAACACCAAUUGUCGAUACUAUUGAGACACAAUUUCAAUCUUUCUGCAACAAAAGAAAGUGUAGCUUUCUUAUUAGAACAAUCUUGAUGAUAAGUACUGUAGUCUUUGGGAAUCUAAUGUCACUAGUGGGAGCGCUCUUAAGUGCCACGGCUUCCAUAACAAUACCGUGCUUGUGCUACUUAAAGAUUUCAGGGAUUUACAAGAGAAUUGGGAUGGAAAUGAUUAUUGUUUGGUUCGUUGGCUUAAUUGGUUUGAUAGUAGCAGUUGUGGGUACUUAUGUAUCAUUAGUACAUUUAAAGACCCAUCUAUUUGUAGCUAUUUGA